AGGAAGUGAACCUGCUCCAGCGCGGAGGGGCUGAGUGGCGACGCGAUGCCUGCCCAGCCGGCAUUGCGGGUCAACGCGGCUUUUGCAGCGCGUUAUGGGAAGUACCGGCGUCGCGAGGAGCUGCAGCGGCUUCAGGACAAAUAUGGGGAAGAGGAGGAAGCCUCGAGUUCCGAGUCGGAGUCAAGCGAAGAGGAGGAACUUGACCCCGAACUGGAUCGUGCUUUUUAUUCCAUGUUAGGCUUAUUAAAAACAAAGGAUCCCCGAAUUUAUCAAAAGGAUAUCACCUUCUACGCUGAGGAGGAUUCUUGCUCAGCUGGUGUUCGUAAGAAGAUUUUAGCGAAGAAGAAAGAAAAGCCCAUGUUUCUUAAGGACUAUGAGAGAAGAAUUAUAGUGGAGAAGGCAGGCAAAUAUGAGGAUGAAGAGGAUGAAGAAGUAACAGUUAAAAGCCAACCAACUUAUGUAGAAGAACAGAAGGAGCUGAAGGAGAGCUUCCGAAAGUUUGUGGCAGAAAGUGAUGAAGAGGGUGAUAAUGGCAGUUCUUCAGCUCUGCUACAGAAACGGGUCAAAAGUAAGGAAGAGAAAGAACAUGAGGAAGCAGACUAUAUCAGCUGGUUGAAAGAUCAAAAGAAGCUAGAAGCAGAGAAUGACCUUCAAGAUCUGAUACCUCUGAAAAAAUACUGGAGUGAUCCAAAACUGGAUGAAGGGGAGCAGUUUCUGAGGGAUUAUAUCUUAAACCAGCGUUAUAAGGAAGGAGGCAGUGAAGAGGAGGAAGAGGAGGAGGAGUGUCAACAGGAAAGGCCACCUGGGGUCCAGCUGGCCAUUUCAGACUCAUCAGAUGAAGGCGAACUCUUCUUAAAGAAGCAAGAGGAUUUUGAGCGCAAGUACAACUUCCGCUUUGAGGAACCUGAAGCACAACAUGUAAAUACAUAUCCCCGCAUCAUUGCAACAUCUGUGCGGCGAAAGGAUGAGCACCGCAAAGAGAAGCGCCAAGAAACACGGGAGCGCAAGAGAAAAGAGAGGGAGCAGAAGCAACAGGAGCUAAAGCGCCUGAAGAACCUGAAGCGUCAGGAGAUCCUGGAACGGCUGGAGAAGCUACAUAAGAUCACUGGUAGAGCAGGUAGCAGUUUCCAAGAAGGUGAUCUGGAAGGAGACUUUGAUCCCAACCUGCAUGACCAGCUCAUGGAGAAUUUUUUUGGGGAUGAGUACUAUGGAGCUGGCGAGGAAGAGAAACCAGAGUUUGAAACUGAAGAAGGGAUUGAUGAUGAAUGGAACUGGGACAGGUGGACUGGAAGGGAUGACAAUAUGUGGCAGCAGCAGGAGAAUGACUACCAGCCACACUGUGAGGACCCUGACUUUGUGAUGGAUGCAGAUUAUGACCCCUCCCAGCAACCGACCCAUUCCAAAAAGAAAAAGAAGCUGGAGAUCCCUCUUCUAGGCAAAAAGAAGCGCAAAUCACAUUUUGCAGAGGCCAUCUCUCAUGAAAAAAAGCCCUUUGACCCUGAAACAAAGACGUUUGAGCAGUACUUGGAUGAGUUCUACCACCUGGACUACGAGGAUCUGAUAGGAGACCUUCCCUGUCGUUUCAAGUACCGCACAGUUGUCCCCUGCAGCUAUGGACUCUCAACUGAAGAGAUUUUGGCAGCUGAUGAUAAGGAGCUGAACCGCUGGUGUUCUCUACGGAAGACUUGCAUGUACAGGUCAGAAAAAGAAGAGUUGCAGGACAAGGCAGUUUAUCAGAAGAAAGGUGAAGAUUCUUGGAAGAAGAAACAGAUUUUCAAAUCCCUUGAAGCAGGGAUGGAAGAAGAAAAAGAUGGAAAGCAACCUCAGCCCAAGAAAAGAAGAAAGAGCAGGGAGACCAAGUGUUUUGAGCACUCUUCAGAAGAAACACAACUGGUUAGUCCUGGUUGUGAGGAGGAAGGACUUUUGCUUCCCAGGACCACAGAAGAUUCUGUCACAGGAAAAGAAUUUGAAGCUUCUGCCUCAAAUGGCUCUUGUGCUGUCUCCCCCACAGUCCAGAGAUCAAAAAAGAGAGGCAGAAAGGGGUUGGUACUGGGCACCAAGAUUCGGAUGAGGGGCUCAGAGUUCAGUCACCAACGCCUCCAAGCCUAUGGUCUCAAUCCCAAGCGCCUGCACUACCGCCAGCUGCUUCGUCAGAAGAGGCAGAAGAAGCAAUAGGGGGGCCCAGCCAGAUUUGUCAGGUCAGGGGACCAAACGGUCUCAUCUAUUUUGAUUUCAGACUCAGCUACUCAUCUGCCUCCUUUCCUUGGAGUGGAAUCUACAGCUGGUUAAAAGCAGUACUUUCUAGGUGGGCUCUAAACUCUGCCCCUUUGAUUCUUGUGAAAUAAUGAAUGAAUCAAGUUGAUUGUCUUUUGUUUACUGCCUUUGUGUUUUGUACUAACUUAAUAGCCUUACCUAAUAAGCCUUCAAGUCUAAAUCCAUCGCAGUAGUUAAUCCUGUUACUCCUUUUUAUCUCUUCCAUUUGCAUAGUACAAGGGCUGCGGACCUAUGCUUGCAAAGUACCUUACUUGUGACUGUGAUUUAAUAUUAAAAAACAUCGACUUGGGAGUGUUGCAAAAUGAAAAUUGACCUCCAUUGACCACCAUCUUUAUUGCCCUAAAUAUCUUUGGGCUCUAUGAGAUAAUAUUUAGAGAGUAAAGAUGGUAGCUAGCCAUCAGAAUCAUCACAAUGUAGUUUCAUGUUCUGAUUACAUUGAAUCAUGUGUUGGAAGGGUCAUGUAGGCUUUCACGUCCAACCCCCUGCUCAGUGCAGGAACUCAAAUGAAAAUAUCCCAGAUGGUUGUCCAGCCUCCUUUCGAAAAAUACCCAGUGGAAGGGAGCCUACCACCUCUCUGUAUAACUGGUUCCAUUGUUUCAAACCUUACUAAAAAGGAAACAAAACUCUGUAGAAUAAAGUGUGUUGUCUGAGUGACACAAGGAUGCCCCAAGCCCAAAGAGGCUGUAGCCCUCAUGUCAGCACAUGUCCAGGCAUUUAUAGUUUUUGCUUCUCUAGCAGAUUAUUUAAAUAUAUUCUGAGCACACAGGGAACUGGCAAAGCUGCCUGACUGCUACAUCAGGAAUGUAGCACAUGUGUUGAAUAAUAACAAAAUGGUCUGGUCUAUGUAGACAAUAGCACCAAUUACUGGCUAAAUCUAAAUCACUCUUGAUUUAUGUCACUGAGAUCGUGGGUGAAACAGGGAGAGGACAAGGACACAAGUCUGCCAACAAAUUGUGAAUUAAGCAAAUAAGUGUAUCUGGAGAGAUUAAGAAAAGCAUCACAGAGGAAGAGUUGCUGCUAUGGAGAACUGCCUUCUACAGAUUCCAUGGUAACAUGGCACAAAAAUGCUUUCAUACUUACUGUAGGAAAUAUUACAGUGGGAAGUGUAGAGAGAAGCAAAAGUAGUGAGUAACCAAUUCCAAACCUUAAUAUCAAAAACAUUGCAUUUGAUUCCACUGUGGAUAGAUAUGAUGGUACCAUUUUACAGGUACAGUGGAGGCAUAGCUAGCAGUCAUCCCAGUGACCCAGAAUUCAAACGUGUCGAUACUUCUUUCUUGCUUCUUCAAAGUCUAACUUUCAAUUCCAUAGAGUAUCACAGGGAAUACCAUGGCUUGGACAAU